GAAUGUGUGAGGAGACUUUUCAGUUCGCAUGCAGUAAGUUGUAAACAUGUUUACAGUGUAAAUGUGUUAAAUGUAGUGAGCAGAAACAGGAUUCCAGUCUCCUCUUUAUCAGUGAACUAUUAGUUUUAUUGUGAGUUUGGGAGCGGGGAAAUUUGAAAGUGUUCAGUCCGCUCUUCACUCUGCUGAUGUAUGAACGACAUGUCGCGGAGAAAACAGGCGAAGCCGCAGUGUGUCCACAUGGAUCCUCCUCCACACUUAGAUAAUGCAGAUGUCCACAUAAACAAUAGCAGCUCUCAGGCUUGUGAUGUCCAUGUGUGUGAGAAUUGCUGCGCCGAGUUUUUAAGCAUCUCAGGUCUCCAUGAGCAUCAGAUGGGUUGCUCAAAGAAUCUGCUAGUUCUAAUAGUGAGUGAAAAUGGAAAUUCGACCUCUCCGUCUUCAUCUUUCAUAUUUAAUUCACCCACUCACAGUACAGAGGACCAAACAAACAACAGCAUUAAUACUGAAGAUAACGAAGGAUUAUAUGACAAAAUACUUGUGGAAAACAGAAAAUCAUCAGCUGUGUCUGACACCAACAGUGACAAUGCCAGACAUUUCCAAUCAGAUAAUGAGAACAAUAUGGAAAAUCAGAGUGCAUACACUGCCACCCUAACUUCAGAGUACUCAACAGUUCUGCCUCAACCAGACACUUUCUCUGAACUGAGUAAAUUGUCCUCCACCAGCAGCAAUGUCGUCAUUGAGAAUUUAGAAAGUACAAAAGUGGCCGUGGCUCAGUUCUCUCAGGAUGUUUGUUUGAAUGCAGUGGUUAACAGCAGUAAUCCUAACAACUGCAACAUGACCAUAUUGAGUCUGAUUGAGCAACUUGUUGCCGUGCAGCAGCAGCAGGUGCAGCAGCUGAAGCUCAUUGAGCAAAUUCGACAGCACAUAUUACUGUUAUCAGCCCAUAAUACAGACACAUCUGCACCCUCCAGCACCUGCCAAGGUACAUCAGAGAUUUCUCAGAAUGGCCCUCUAAUAACACUUAGCUCACACCUCUCCCAGCAGCUAGCGGAAGCUGCAGGGCUAGCACAAAGCCUGGUGAGUCAGUCUACCCGCAUUAGCAAAGUCAGUCAACUUAAACAUGCAGAAUUAUCCAGAAACCAUGAUACCACAUCUCUCUUGAGUGUCAGAGAUAUCACUCAAAUGGCAGAUACAGAUAGAAGCAAACGUGGCAUGUAUCCAUCUGAAAAACAUUUUGACCAUGACAAUACAUUUUCUACACAGCAGAGUGUCACAAGUAAUUCACCUUCACCUGUUUCAGCUGAUAGCACACCAAAUUUAACAAAUAAUCUCAGUCUACCUCAUAGUCCUACUGGAAAUUGCAUCUUAGAAAACUCAUUGCCAAGCAUUGGGGCAAUUGUGGAGGACUUGAAUGCCUUGACUGCUUUAGCUCAGCAGAGGAAGGGCAAAGUGCCCAAUAUGACUUCAUUUGGACACAAAAGGCCUUUUGAUGAAAGUUUGUUUAAACACAAAUGCAGAUUUUGUGCCAAGGUAUUUGGAAGUGACAGUGCUUUACAGAUACACUUACGAUCCCACACAGGAGAGAGACCAUACAAAUGCAACAUAUGUGGGAAUCGGUUUUCAACGCGGGGAAACCUAAAAGUUCACUUCCAACGUCAUAAAGAAAAAUAUCCAAACAUACAAAUGAAUCCUUAUCCAGUUCCAGAGCACUUAGACAAUGUUCCAACAAGUACCGGCAUCCCAUAUGGUAUGUCCAUGCUGCCAGAGAAGCCUGUGUCCAAGUGGUUAGACAGCAAACCAUCUGUGACCAGCCUACCUGGUUUGUUGUUAACUUCAUCUUUGCCAAGUCUUCCAAGCAUAAUUAAAAGAGAGGCACAAGUGGUAUCAGUUGGCAGAUCAGCUAGUCCUGGCGCUAGUGGUUUAAAUGGGUUUGAGAUGUUCGAAAGCGGAAACAACAAUAAAGAGGAAUCUGGCAAUGAUCAUUUUCCAACAUUAAAUGGAAAAUGUAAAGAACUAAAAUACCUGAGCAUUCAAAAAUAUUUAAACUCUUCUGGAAAUGGUUCAGAAGACUACACCAGUAAUGAGAUUUCUUCUAACCAUACAAAUUCAUCGAUCCCAUUCCUGCACGAGGAUAUCAAACCAAAAUCUGGGGGUCUACCAGAUUGUAUGGACACUUCAGAAACCACCAAGCUGCAGCGAUUGGUCGAGAACAUAGACAAGAAAAGCACAGACCCUAAUGAGUGUAUGAUCUGUCAUCGUGUACUUAGUUGCCAGAGCGCCCUCAAAAUGCACUACCGCACACAUACAGGCGAGAGACCGUUCAAGUGCAAGAUAUGUGGACGGGCUUUCACAACCAAAGGCAACCUCAAAACACACUAUAGCAUCCACUGUGCCAUGCCACCUUUGAAAGUGCAGCAUUCGUGCCCCAUUUGCCAAGAAAAGUACACAAAUGCCAUGGUUUUACAACAGCACAUACGCAUGCACAUGGUUCGACAAAUCACCAGUGUUACCCUCCCAGAAAGUUACCAAGAAUCAGUAGAACCUGAUACAUGCUCAGUAGAAGAGAAGAACCUGGAUGAAAACCUUUCAGAUGAGAACAUGGAAAUAACAGAAAGUUUUUCAGACUCUAAAGAUGCAGUAUCUUCCCAGGAUAGUCUAUGUUCAUUACUUACAUCAUCACAGGCUAUAAAGACAUCUGGGGCAGAGAGAAUAAUUCAAGAGAAGGAUUUACUAAAUGGCAAGUUAGAGAAUGUGUCAAUGGAGGGAGAUUAUUUGUCUCCCUCGUCAUAUCUUGGUAAUGACCAUGUUAGCCAACGAUCUAGGAGCCCUGCUUGUCCUGAAAAUGCAUAUUCUUGGGAUUCUUUUUCUAAAAAGAGUUUACUGGACAGUUAUAGAUCUCUUACAUUUGAUACUCACCAGAAAACAUCAAAUGCAGAGCUGACUAGCACAGGUCUCUUACAGCCAAAUUCGACAUUUAAUUCAACACCUGUUGAUAUCCUAAAAGGAGAAAUGCCCAUUAAGUUUCCUUCAGGUGAACAGGGGACCUCUAAGAACAAUGCAUGUGAUGUCUGCAACAAGACAUUUGCCUGUCAGAGUGCCUUGGACAUUCACUAUCGCAGUCAUACCAAAGAGCGACCGUUCAUAUGCACUGCAUGUAACAGGGGGUUUACCACCAGAGGGAACCUAAAACAGCACAUGCUCACCCACCAGUUGCGAGAUCUACCUUUACAGUUACCUAAACAAGCCAGCGAGAAUCUUGUUUCUCCACCUCAUCCCUCUAUGGGCCACUUAGUUUGCUCAAAAAUCAAGAUGGAAGUCAACAGCAUCUUAAAUAAAGAUGGCAAAGAUGCAGUAUUAGGCAUGAUGACCUCCUCAGCUCCUUCGCUGGCAGCUCUUUCAGCUCAAUCCCGGAAAGCCUUCAAACAGCAUUUCUGCCGCACUUGUGGAAAGAUGUUCUCUUCCUCCAGUGCUCUGCAAAUUCAUGAGAGGACUCACACUGGAGAGAAGCCCUUUGCCUGCACUGUAUGUGGACGUGCAUUCACCACUAAAGGAAAUCUGAAGGUUCAUAUGGGAACCCAUAUGUGGGACGGUUCUCCAGCUCGCCGAGGUCACAGGCUCUCUGUAGAAGGUCCUUUUACUGUCCUUAAAUCCAAUCCUGUGAAAAUACCAGACACUCUCCCAAAAGAAACUGUCAGUAACAGGGAGUCUGUUGGCUUCUGGAAUCAAUAUGUGACAGCACCUCUCACUACCGGCUUGGCGUUGAAAACCAACGAGAUCUCUGUGAUUCAGAAUGGAAGUAUACCGCACGUGUCCCUUUCUGAUGGACGUGGAGGAAACUCACCUAUUGGUGGACUCACAGCAAGUCUAGAAAAAACGCAUAAUAUAGAAAUGAAAAAAGAUGUUCCUUGGAUUGAGAUGCUAUGUGAGAAUGAGCCGUGUUUUCACAUUACACCAUUUAUUGAGGAGAGUAAAACUGAUUAAUAUUUCUUGAAUCUUUCUUCUGAGAGUUGCCUGAUUGCAAUAUAUAUUCAGUUAUAAAUACAUAUUCUGCAUUUUCAGAAUGUUCAAGUGAUUACUCUAUGUUAUGAUUUUUGCUUUUUCCUCUAUUUGGACACUGAUUUGUCAGUAUUUUGUUAUUAGAUACUCAGACACUGUUUCACAUCAAUCAGCUGUAUGAUUUUAUACAUUUGAAUCAUUUUAUGACUGAUUUAUUGGUAAUAACUUUCUUCAAUUUGUUUUUGUUAUGGAUAUUAUUUAUUAUUAUUACUGUUUCGAGUUUGGUAUAGCUAUUAUUUGAAUUGUUAUGUAGGUAGGCCCAAUCAGUGUUUAACUUAUUCACAAAGUAAGAGGGCUUCUUAUUAGUACUGUACAACUACUACUAUUAUUAUUAUUAUUAUUAUUAUUAUUAUUAUUAUUAUUAUUUAGUACUAAAAGUAGUAAUUGUGUUAAUAUUUUACAUAUUUGAUCCACAUACUAUUACACAACAGUUUACAUUUAGGUUGUUUUUUUAAUAUAUUUUUUUUACUGUGACCAAAAUUUUUAUACAUCUGGUGCUACAGAAGGUGUGUAAGUGUGUGUGUGUGUGUGUGUGUGUGUGUGUGUGUGUGUGUGAUAUUUAACAUUAUUAGAGUAUUACAUGUCAGAAUGUAUGAACUUAGUCAUCAAGUGUCUAUUUAAUAUAUAUGAUUGCUAAGAGCGUUUGGUUUUCUAUACAUUAUAGCCAACUUUCUGUCUGUUUCUGUACAAUUCUGUGUGUGUUAUGUGCUUAUGAAGAAUAACGCUUAACAGCUUUAACAUAAUACUGCCACUGUUUCUAUCUGCACAACAAAAGUCAUGCCCUUUCACUUGUGAUAUAAAUCUGGGUCACAUUGUCCUCUGAAUUUACAUUUCAAUAAACCCACUAAUAAUAACACAUUGUACUAUACUGAAUGAUCUUUGCCAAUGUAAGCCGAUCGCUUUCAUGCUACCUUAAGUGAAUAAAAAGGCCUAUUCAUUUGAAAAGUGUACCUUUCAUAGGUACACCAUCAUAGGUAUCAGCUACUAGUCUU